CAUUGUGGGUACCUCAUGUGACAAGCCCAGUAUCUUUUUAAAGUCAGUUUAACAGAGGUCUCUUUGCUGCCUUCAAACCUUUGGAGAGGGCUCGCCUUCAGGCAUGCUUACUAUGGGAGCACCUGCCAGUUCUAUCAUGAAAUGGCUGGUGUGGGGACUCCUGGCGAGCUCCUAUGCAGUUGCUCAGGUACAGAAUGAUCCCACUCUGGAUCAUCACUGGAAUCUCUGGAAGAAAACCUAUGGCAGACAAUACCAGGAAAAGAACGAGGAAGUAGCACGGCGUCUUAUCUGGGAAAAGAAUCUAAAAUCUGUGAUGCUUCACAAUCUGGAAUACUCAAUGGGAAUGCAUUCAUAUGAUCUAGGCAUGAACCAUCUGGCAGACAUGACCAGUGAAGAAGUGUCAUCUUUGAUGAGUUCCCUGAGAGUUCCCAGCCAAUGGCAGGCAAAUGUCACUUACAAGUCAAAUUCUAAUCAGAAAUUGCCUGAUUCUGUGGACUGGAGAGAGAAGGGGUGUGUUACUGAAGUGAAAUACCAGGGUGCUUGUGGUGCUUGUUGGGCAUUCAGUGCUGUGGGGGCCCUGGAAGCACAGCUGAAGCUGAAAACAGGAAAUCUGGUGUCUCUGAGUGCACAGAACCUGGUAGAUUGCUCAACUGAAAGAUAUGGAAAUAAAGGCUGCAAUGGUGGCUUCAUGACAAAGGCUUUCCAGUAUAUCAUUGAUAACAACGGCAUCGAUUCGGAAGUUUCCUAUCCCUACAAAGCCAUGGAUGGAAACUGCAGGUAUGACUCAAAACAUCGAGCUGCUACAUGUUCAAAGUAUACUGAACUUCCCUUUGGCAGUGAAGAUGCCUUGAAAGAAGCUGUGGCCAAUAAAGGACCUGUGUCUGUUGCUAUUGAUGCAAAACACUCUUCUUUCUUCCUGUAUAAAAGUGGUGUCUACUAUGACCCAUCCUGUACUCAGGAUGUGAAUCAUGGUGUAUUAGUGGUUGGCUAUGGUAACCUUAAUGGAAGAGACUACUGGCUUGUGAAAAACAGCUGGGGCCUCAACUUCGGUGAGCAAGGAUAUAUUCGGAUGGCAAGAAACAGUGGAAAUCACUGUGGGAUUGCUAAUUAUCCCUCUUACCCAGAAAUCUAGAGGAUCUCUUCAUUUUAUAACAAGUCUGUAAAAUAUAACACUUUCUCUUAACUUAAUUUUACCUGCUGUAACCUGUAGAAAUAAGUGUGUCAUGACCAACUUACAUUUACUGUACGAAUAGAA